CACGGUCGUGCGGUAGACUAGUCCAUAAGUUGUUACCUGGACCAAGGGUCUAGAGCUAUCUAUGAUCCUCUUAUCUGGGGUGCCACUUCUUCAACCGUAGACCCUAGCGGAAGCAGAAAUGGGGCUCUUCUCAAGUGACCAACGGCCUAGACCACUUUCAGGGCAGUCGGCUACUCGGAAAGGCUGUGAAGGUUUCCAGGACAGGUAUCUCUGGCCGGGCUCUGGACUUAACUUUCUUACCCUGCCCAACGUGGAAAAAAUCACGACUACAAGAGAAUAUAUAACAUCAACCCUUAAUCGGUGGACAGCCAAGAACCCCCCCCUCCCUUGACCGUCCUUCAACGUUCGCCGAGUACUGGCUAUGCGAUAAGCUCUCUCAUGGCAUUACUGGACUCGACAGCGUCCCAUCACGCACAUCCGGUACCUGCCGGGCAACGAAUGCUCGCGGAGCUAUCAAGGUAGGAAUCGCUGCUGCGGGACCCCUUCUUGAUCCUCCGCUCUCCUCAUCGUCGAGUCUCGCGGUAUGCAUUCCAUACUGAGUAGACUUUACCGCCCCGAAAGCUCGAUUGGCACGGACGGCUCAAGAGACGAACCGGCCGCUUCACCCACAUACUUGCGAAAGCCGCCAUCGACCCAGAAUGCCGCUGGGGAUACAAUAUUGACAGGGCUUGCCGAGCUAGGAGCUUAUCGAGUAGACUGUCAUCACGCCUUCGUUACAUUGCUGGAGAAUAACGAGCCGUAUGUGAUCGCGGAGGCAAUAAUCCCUCAUAUCGUAAAGAAAGAUGAAAACGGGAAGAGCUCAUUGCUCGGCUUAAAGACUUUGGGAUUGAAGGCUGAUGGAAGCUAUCCUACCAACGGUUUCAAAGAAAUACCGAAUGACGGAUGUCAUAUUGUCCUGGACAUAUGCUCAGACCAUACUAUUGGUGGCCAUCCAUUUGUCACUCAAUGCUCUGAUAUACGCUUCUACGCGGAGGUCCCCCUCCGCAGCUCUGCAGGUGAUAUCUUUGGAACAUACUGUGUUACUGACAGUGCUCCACGUUCGUUAUUUGCCGAUGGUGAGGUUGAUAAGUUAAAGCAAGUCGCAAGUUCCAUUGCCGGACAUCUCGAAAAUAUUUGGACACUACAUAAAUGCCGAAAGUCUGAGCGGCUUCUCGGUGCGCUCACGGAAUUUGCUAAAGGCCAACCUCCGGGGGACAACGAGCGAAACUCCCACAGCGGCAGGGGCUCUUUGGAUCAAAUCUCACAUCGGUCAUCAGAGCUUCCUGAUAUCGAUCGCAUUUCGUUGUCAACGGACACUACGCAUGAUAAAUCUGGAACGGAGAGACCGAAACCAAAGGACAGGGCGCAUUCACCAUCGUUCUUCAAGCGCAGUGAUGUUCCCAUGAAGGCGCCCCCCUCCCCUGAAAAACACCAACAACAUGCCAGGAGAUUCUCAGACGUGUCUAGUAACUUGAUCACUGUUUCAGAAGGUGUGACAUCAUCUGGAACCUCCGCUCUGUUUUCUCAGGCUAGCAUGUUGCUGCGAGAGUGUAUGAAGUUAGAUGGUGUGGUGUUUUUGGAUGCGUCGCGCAGUAACUCUCGGAGUUUUUCAACUGCCAGCGUCAGUGACUGGGAUGAUCUCAGCAAAGAUACUGAUACCUCAGCACCUCUUCAGUCUCCUGGGCUGUCAUCACAAGGCCCAUGGUCCGAGAAACAAUGUGACAUGUUAGGUUGCGCCUUAUCGGAAGACCUGCUGGGGCAUGACUUCCCCGAAAGCAAGUCCCUCAUAUUCCUUCCAUUGUGGAACUGGGACAAGUCUCGAUGGCUUGCAGGUGCGAUCGUGUGGAUGAACGAUAAGCAACGACCAUUAGGAGCGGAUGAUCUUUGUUAUUUAAGAGCAUUUGGUGAUUCCGUAGUUGCCAAAUUCUCCCAGCUUGGAUGGAGUGCUACGGAAAAAUCAAAAUCGGAUCUGCUUUCAUCCGUUAGCCAUGAACUACGCUCACCCUUGCAUGGCAUGCUUGCCAGCGCUGAACUACUGCAGACAACGCGCCUAGAGCCUGCCCAACGAGAUAUGCUUACAAUGGUUGAAACUUGCGGUCUGACAUUGUUAGACACGAUGAACUACCUCUUGGACUUCACAAAGGUCAACAACUUAACACAUAUACAUAAGGCAGGGGAGGCUAGUGGAUCGGCCUAUGACAACCUGACUACCGACUUUGACCUCGGCACGCUGAUUGAAGACGUCUCUGAGACCUUGUAUGCUGGCCACCGGUCUCUUAUCAAUGCUGCCAAAAUAGCGGGUCGAUAUCUACCCAGUGGCGCAGGUGUCGGUAACAGAUCCAUUGGUACUGAAAUCAAACAAUUAGACAAUCCUGAUGAUCUGUCUGUCGUCGUCCGCAUUGAAGAGCAAAAGUCGUGGUCGAUUCAUUCUGUCUCGGGAGGGUGGCGGAGAAUCGUGAUGAAUAUACUUGGGAAUUCGUUCAAGUUCACUCGCUCAGGCCUCAUUGAGGUUUCUUUGUCUAAAGAGGUGGAGGGAGUUGGCGACCAGAAGACGACUCUUGCCCACCUGUCGGUCAAAGAUACAGGAUGCGGAAUAGAAUCAGAAUUCCUUGAACAUCAGCUCUAUAAGCCUUUUGCACAGGAAGACGUGUUAACCGAAGGAUGUGGACUAGGCCUGCCUAUUGUGCACCAAAUCGUGACCAACCUAGGUGGCUACGUUGAGGUGCAUAGCCAGGUUGGUGUCGGAACACAGGUUGAUGUGCACGUUCCCAUUGAAUACGCCGUCCAAAUACCACCACCCUCGGCCCCUCUUAAACAGGGAGAGCGUCCAGGAUCGCGGAUCAUGACGCGGGUUUGCCUGAUCGGUCUGAAUCCAUAUGCCGAACUUAAAGGAGCCCGGAAGGGAGUUAUCACGACUGAGGCGAAGCGGAAGCUGUCAAUUCGCGGAGCACUCAGCAAUGUGCUUCUCAGCCAGCCUGGGUGGAUGGUAUCCUUCGCUGAUUCGCUCGAUAAAGGCUCUGGUGACAUUGGUGUCGUCGAGGAGUCUAGCCUAAAGAAGAUCGCUGAAGCUGGUCCGAUCGACACCCAGUUCACGACGAUAAUCGUGCUCGGUGAACAUGGGGUAUCUCUUCCAGGAAACUUUGCCAUUAAAAACGCGGAUAUAAUUUAUGUGUCCCAGCCACUUGGCCCUCGCAAACUUAAUGAUGCACUGCAACGGUUCAUCGACGCCCAUCGCGAAGCAAGCCCCUUGUCAGAGAGCCCGGUUGCAGGCCCAUUCUCUGGAUUCCCUGGCCGUGGGCGCUCCUUAUCCGCAGCAUUUGCUGCCGCAAAGGGAUCGGAAUCGCCUCCUAUGGUCAGGGAAAAUGUUGCGGAGCUUUCACCAUUUCCCACUCCUCAGGCCCUGAACCAGAAGAACAUCCAUGUUCUCAUCGUGGAUGACAAUGACAUCCUCGCUACUUUUAUGCGCAAAAUAGGUUGCAGUUAUGAGACCGCGACCAACGGACUCGCCGCACUAGAAAAGUACAAAGCGUGUGCGGGACAAUUCGACUACGUCCUAAUGGAUAUCUCCAUGCCCAUCAUGGAUGGAAUAGUAUCCACGAGCAAGAUCCGGGAGUAUGAAGAACAAAAUUCUCUGCCACGAAGCACUAUUAUGGCAGUUACUGGAGUGGCAUCGAGCUCAGUGCAACAACAGGCUUUCGCGGCUGGGGUUGACGAUUAUCUGGUUAAGCCCCUUUCUCUUCACGACUUGAAACGAAUUAUGAGUGUUGAAUGA